AUGAUUUAUACAUGGAACAGACUCAAAGACAGCAUCCAGGCAUAUAGAAUAUGGAGUGAAAGACAAAUCGAGAUAAAUCUGAAAUUUGGGAACCAAGAUGUUUCAGUGAUUAGCGUAUAUGCUCCAGAGGAAGGCAAAGAGGAGGAAAGUGACGAGUCCUACGAGCAGCUUGAAAAGACCAUCGACAAGAUGAACCCAGAACGCAGCAUUUUUGUAAUAGGAGACCUCAGUGCAAGAACAGGAUCAAAUGAAAAUGACAAAGUGGUAGGAAAACACGGAGAAAUCACAGUAAAUAAGAAUGGGAAAAGGCUGAUUGACAUCUCAAGCUACAACAACUUCACAAUUAUGAACGGGUUCUACAAACACAAGAAAUGCCAUAAAAUCACAUGGGUGGCUAGAGACCAAGAGUCAAUAAUCGAUUAUGUGGUGGUAAACAUCCAUGCCAAGAAGACAAUGCUAGAUGUGCAGGUAUUUCGAGGCUAUGACAUCGGAUUGGAUCACCAUCUCGUCGAAGCAGCCAUUAGAGUCAACAACAUAGGAAAGACCACUGAAUGUAGACAGACGCAGCUCAACAUCAACUCAUUAAACGAUUCAGUAGCAAACUGGCUGUACAAAAGAAGAAUGGAAAUCAUUGAAAAAGACCUACCGAUAGAAGAGGAUGUAGAAAAGGCAGAGUAA